AUGUAUUUAGGGGACGGACAAAAUAACCGGAAGUACAUCAUCCAAACUCGCGUCGUUAGCAUUCUGCCUAAGUAGUCAUUUAUCCAAAAUGUCUUCUAAACUAAACGCUUUAACCAGCGAUUCUUACACUGAGAUUAGUCAAUAUAGAGAUCAACACUUUAAGGGUAAUCGUUAUGAACAGGAGAAGCUGCUAAAGCACAGUAACACUCUGUAUGUUGGGAACCUCUCCUUUUACACAACGGAAGAGCAGGUGCACGAGUUGUUUGCUAAAUGUGGAGACGUGAAGCGUAUCAUCAUCGGCCUGGAUAAAAUCAAGAAGACUGCCUGCGGAUUCUGUUUUGUUGAAUACUACACACGAGGAGACGCAGAGAACGCCAUGCGCUUCGUUAACGGUACCCGGCUGGAUGACCGGAUCAUCAGGACAGACUGGGACGCAGGCUUCAAGGAGGGCAGGCAGUACGGGCGUGGCAAAUCUGGAGGACAGGUGAGAGAUGAGUACAGGCAAGACUAUGACCCAGCCAGAGGCGGCUAUGGUAAACUGGCCCAGCAGCACCGAUCAACAGAAGCACGCAACUCUUUUUAAACCUCAGUCCACCACCAGCCUGCGUGAAUUGCAUGGAACAUUUGUCCUGAAUGAGAAUAUUUAUCUAACAAGCAGGAACAUUCUACCUGAGGCAUAAGAAAGGAAAACACAAUGGCAUCUUGGACAGGAAGUCUAGAGCUGGGAAAGGCAGCUGUAAAAACCUGUGAGAGGAACAAAAACAACUAUUUUGGCUACCAUUCUCAUCUAGUCUAACAUUUUUCUGUUAGCAUAGCUCACAAGUUUUUGAAAAUGUAGAAAGAGAUGAAACAUAUGGACAAAGAUUCUGGCAAGUCUCUGUGUAAUGAAAAGAGAACAUGUUUUUCUUCUCUGCUAAAUUAUGUCAUAAAUUGUUUACCUUUUGUUUUCCAAAUAAAGCGUCUUUUUACAUAAAAAGU